AUCUGUGUGUAAACGCUGAUGAGAGAGAGCGUAGAUGAAGGAGAAGAAUCAGCCGUGGAUGGAGACAAGUUGCAUUUAUCUUGAUGCAGGGCUGCAGCGUGUGAGCUUUUGUGUUUGGAUGUCUGUGUGGGGGGUGUGUGUGCGCUAGUCCCCUUGGAUGAGCACACGCGUCUGAGGAUGCAGCUGGGAGCAUGAGUUCUGACCAGGAGGAGUAUGACAUGGUCUGUCAGAAAGCUGUGACCCUAAUUGUUGACCUCUGCCUGCACAACAGCACCCUGUUGGAUCAGGAGACCUGUCAGGAUUUCCUCUUCGUCUUGACCAGCCAGGGCUUUGAUCACAAAGACGCAGACGCUACUUUUGGCCUUGUGCUCGCUGUGUUUCUUGUUUGCGGCCUCGCUCUGCUGGGCCUUCUCACAUUAGUCUCCUGGAAGCUUUGCUGGGUGCCUUGGCGGAGUAAGGCCCAGUUCCCAAGCCCGUCUCUCAGCCCGGCCUGUGGCCCCCAGCACUGCCCGCUCCAGCCACCCCUCCCGCUGCCCAGUCCCCAGCAGCAAGCGAUCACCAUGGCGACAGAGAAGGUGAAAGACCCCGUGGGUUCGAUGGGCUUCCUGGAGGCGGCCGUGAAGAUAAGCCAUACUUCCCCCGACAUCCCCGCCGAUGUGCAGCUCUCCAUGAGGGAGCACUUCCUGCGCCGCACACAGCGCAUGCAGAGGCAAACCACUGAGCCGGCCUCCUCCACACGGCACAACUCGUUCAAAAGACACCUUCCCAGGCAGAUGCAGGUGGGAAGCUUAGAUCUGGGAAACGACUACGUGGUGGACAGGGAAGAAAAGCCAACCAGCCUGGGUCGCAUCCAGCCGGAGCUCUACCAGCAGAAGGCCUCGGAGUCAGAGGAAUCGUCCAAGCAUGGCGGCGAAAAAAACUGUGGCAGGAUUAACUUCUCGCUCAAGUACGACUACGAAAAUGAGGCGUUGCUUGUCAAUAUUCUCAGGGCCGUUGACCUACCUGCCAAGGACUUGUGUGGCACCUCUGACCCUUAUGUGAAGGUCUACCUGCUGCCUGAUCGCAAGAAGUUCCAGACGCGCGUCCACCGGAAGACACUCAAUCCCACGUUCAGCGAAAGUUUCCAGUUUCCUGUGCCUUACGACGAGCUGCCCGUCAGGAAGCUACACAUGAGCGUCUUUGACUUUGACAGAUUUUCCCGGCAUGAUAUGAUCGGGGAAGUGGUGCUGGAGAAUUUGUUCGAGAUGUCGGACCUGUCGAGGGAGACGAACAUAUGGAGGGACAUCCAGUAUGCUACAAGUGAAAGCGUUGACCUUGGGGAGAUCAUGUUCUCGCUCUGCUACCUGCCCACCGCUGGCAGACUCACACUAACCGUCAUCAAGUGCAGGAACCUCAAGGCCAUGGACAUCACCGGGUACUCUGAUCCCUAUGUCAAAGUAUCGCUCAUUUGUGACGGCAGACGUUUGAAAAAGAAGAAGACGAGCAUUAAGAAGAACACCCUGAAUCCCACCUACAACGAGGCCAUCAUCUUCGACAUCCCUCCAGACAGCAUGGACCACGUCAGCCUGCACAUCUCUGUGAUGGAUUAUGAUUUGGUGGGUCAUAAUGAGAUCAUUGGUGUGAUGAGGCUUGGAAGCCAUGCUGAGGGACUUGGCAGGGACCACUGGAAUGAAAUGCUGGCUUAUCCACGGAAGCCUAUUGCACACUGGCAUCCCCUCCUGGAGUCCAAGAAAUCUGAGAAGGAGUGGAAGGCGAGAACUGCCAGCUUUGACAGCCAGGGCUCCUGCCCCUCACCGAGGCCCCCUGCUAGUCCCUGAGAUGAGCUACCUGCGACCCAGCGGCCCAGAAGGGGUUUCCUCCCUCCUCUUGAUCCACUUCCUGUCUGUGUGCUUGAGGAGAAACACAAUCCCACUGUCUUUCCCUUCUCCCUCUCUCUCUAACUCUCACUCCCAAGCCCUCCACUUCCUCAAAUCUAGUCCCAGAGCACUCACAAGUACUGAACUAGGACUUUCUGUCUGUCAGCUAAGAGAAGCUCAGGCUUUUCUAAACGUGGCUGGAGUGAUGGCCUGAAGCUAGCAUUGUUUUCUAGGAGACUGGCUGGAAAUCCUGUCUGCAGACAUUGAUUGUUGAUUUGUCCAAGCUUAGGUAAAUCGAGCUUGUUGGCAUCACAAAGGACCUGGAAAAACAGAGGUUUUAACUAUGAGCCAUGGGGUCUCUUUGAUGGAAAAAGCCCUGUCGGAUAUCACUCCAUGAAAGCAGCGGAUGUUUCACAAAGGGAAGCUGAGCACAUGCGUUGCCAAGGAAGGGAAAAAAAGAGAUGAUCUUAAAAACGAGCUGUUUUAGAAGGCUAUGGCUCACUCAUUUAUUUUUUCAGUCUUGAAUUAACAUAUAGUAUUCCUUUUUUAAAUUAUUUAUAUAUAUAAUUAUCCUUAAAAUGUACUUAGUUUAAAAUACUAUCUAUUUCAUUAUAGCUUAAGAUGUCUUGUUUUAUUUAUGAGAGGAAGGGUGAGGCUGAAACCUCAAGUAUCUGUUCGGUGUAGCUUUCAAAAUCUGAAAAGAGAAACGAAACAAGGCAACAGGAAUUCAGAGUUGAGCAGCCUGGUUUCCACUGCAGUUCACAAGUUCAGGGAACCUACAAACUUCACAAUGUCACGAAGGCACAGGAGUCUGACACUGUUAAAAAUAACAACUAUUAAAACGCUUUGUGUAAAAACAAGUGAAGCUGUUAAUGAAGAGAGGUGCAAAGAUCUCCAUCAACAGGGACUUUUCAAGCACACUUUUAACACCAGAACCUUUUUAUCACCUUGGUGUUCAGUUUCUUCCAAAAUAAAACAGAAAUGCUUGGUUUUCUUCCAAAAUACUCUACAAAAAAAGCACUUUUGUCUCCUUGUUAGGUUUAUUUUUGUUACUUAUUUUGGUGGAUGUAAAUAUAUUUAUGUACAGGUGUUCUGCUGUCUGAUUUGCUUUUCUAAAUUAAAGAAUAUAAAAUUGAGAACAUAAGUAGAAUUUUAAAAAAAAAAGGAUAUUUUGAAUUUUUGUGGUAUUUUUUGUGGUUGGUGAUCAUGACUAAAAAAAAUAA